AUGCCGAAGAAGUUCUUUAGGUUCUGCGUUAAAUAUCGUGAAACUGUUAGAAGAUUCGUUGAAAAUGAACAUGAUCGUCUGGUGCAAAAAGUUUUACAGAUAAACAAUGGCACGAUACUGGAAGGCGUGGCUGAUCUUAGUCCGUUGUCAACAUUGAUUGGUUUGCACGCCGUAACAUCGUUACCAAACGACAUCAUGCACGACUUCGCUGAAGGUGUUUGCUGUCAAGUAAUGAUUGUAAUGUUGAAAGAAGCAUCGACAAAACGAAUUUUCACGUAUGGUCAGGUCGAACAAAGGCUGUCCAUAUUUGAGUAUGGUGCCAAUGACAAAUCAAACAAACCACCUAUCAUUCGGAAAAAACAUUUAAAUAAAAGAAGAAUCGUCGGUAGUGCAUCACAGAAAAUGUGUUUAUUUCGAUUAUUUCCAAUUAUAUUCAACGAUAUUAUAGAUCAAUUGGAUACUAAGCAGAUUUACAUAUGUCUUCGUGAAAUUGUUGGUCAUGUUUAUGCCUGUCCAUUUCGAAAAUCAUGGCUCUCAUAUUUACGGUCAUUGACAAUUCUGGUUGAAGAACGUUUAACUAUGGCUUUCAAUGAAAUAUUUUGGUCGUAUGAAGUUGAACAAACACAUAAACUAUCGAUCCAACAGCCCAGUCAGUUAACUGGUAUACUAGCGAAAGGACUUGAUAUAUAUGAAGUGGGCAAUGUAUCUUAUGUCAACAUCCUUCCACGUCUCACCAAACAAUCCAAUCCAGUAAUUUCUAACCAUGUGUGUGUUUUUCUUCUUUUCACAGGAGAAGAUAUAGAUGGUGAAACUCUAUUUAAUUUACCACAAUCAAUGCUAUUUGAAAUCGUUACAACAAUGAAAGAGCGUGUACGUUUUCUAACGGAACAUCGUGCUUUGUUUUCAAAUGUACUCAAAAUCGAUCGUGACAAGACAUUAGCUGAAAGACAUUAUGAUGAUUUGGUAGAUAAUAAUGAACAACAAGCGGCUAAAGAAAAUCGUGUGACUAGCCCUCCAACAACUACGACAACGAUCAUACAUUCCUCCAAUGACCUAGAAGACGAUAUUCCAACAUUUGAUCUGUCUAUGGAUUGCCAAACUGUGGAUGUGGAAACAACAGUAGCAUCAAAAGGAGCUAAAGAUGAAGAAAAAGAUGAUAACGAAGACGGACAAAAGUUUCCGAAUGUUUAUGUUAUCCCAGAUUUACCAGCAAAAAUUCAACGGAUGGUGAACAAGCAGGAAACAUAUCAGUUUCGUGGUCAUUCAAAUGCUCGUCGAUUAUUGCUUGAUGCUAUUUUCACGGAUGUUAUAGUUAAAUAUUCAUUACUGUAA